AUGGCGUCCUUCUCUCUGAAAGGUACACAAGAAAUACCGUGGUAAUAAAAAGGAUGUAAUGGUAAUAACUGGAUAAUAAGGGCACCGCAUUUUGAUACAAGAUAAUAGGCCCGGGUUUAGGCCCAACAACACAAUCGUAUUCGUCUUCGUCUCUUCGUCUAACCAGGUAUAUUGAAAGACGGCCGCUUCAUACAAGAGAAGAGAGGCUGCCGUCUGCUUAUCAGAGGAAACUAAAGAAGUUUUUAUUUGAUUCGCAAAGCUGUAGCUGACAAACCCAAAAUCAUGGCGGUUAUGGUUAACUCUUCAGAUCAGAAUGAAACAACAAGCAAAGAAGCUUCUCAAUUAUGUGCAUUGUUAAAAGAAAUGAAAGAUGGAUUGGAUUUAGUGAGGAGCAAAGUGCAAGCUUUAACAUUGAAGGUGAAAGAAGAUCAAUUUCCAACAACACAUGGGUUGAGCUAUCUUGACGCCAAGAAUUUCCUUCUUCUUAGCUAUUGCCAGUGUGUUGUUUACUAUUUACUCCGUAAGGCAAAAGGUCUUUCUAUCGAGGGACACCCAGUUGUUCGGAGCCUUGUAGAGAUAAGAUUAUUCUUAGAGAAGAUUCGUACUAUCGAUAAAAAGCAAGAUUACCAAAUUCAGAAGUACAUUAGAGGCAGUGUGAAUACAGAAGAGAAAGAAGAUGCCAAUAAAGAGCAAGCAGAUACCACUAACAAGUCAAAUGACUUACUGAGAUAUCGACCACAUCCUGACAUGAUUACACCCAAAUCGACCUAUCACGAGGUGGGUGAUAAAUACGUGCCACCCAAGUUUGCUCCCACUGCUAUGGACGGAGAAAAGGUGUCUAAGAGUGAAAAGCUGGCCCAGAGAAGGGACAAGCAAAUAUUACGGCAGGCUAAUCAAAGUACCGUUAUGAGGGAUAUUCUGAAUGAUAUGGAAGGGAAACCUGAAGAGGUACGAGAAGUUGUCGGAGCCGAGAGUAGGGAAGCUAUUCAGUAUAGGGAAAAGAUGAACAAACGUGCAAGACAAGAAGAGGAAAUUUUCACUCGUGUACCACUGACGAAGGCGGAGAAAAAGCAAGGAAAGCAUUUGAAGAAGUCGAGAAACGGAUUGGUUGGUUUGUCGGAAGAUUUCUACGGUGAUGUUAGUAGUUUACCUUUGAAUGAGGAUGGCGAUGAAGGUCCUUCAAGCUUCAGUAAUUCGGAUAAGGGAGGGAAAAAACAGUUUAAACGCAAGAGGAGGCACUGAUGUAAGGUCAACUGAAGCAAGUGUAUCUUUACCAGCUCAGAAAGCAACCCCAAAUGGUUUUGAACAAAUCUUGAGAACAGUGCCUCAAUUUUGCUUCUAGUGUUUUCAUGGCAAGGAGCUUUUCUUUCUAAGACAGUUUUAUUCAUUUUGCUAGUCAAUGGGCUUUUCUUUCUGAAGUAUAUUAAUUUUGUUCAAGCUUGGUUUAGAGAUGGCAAAACAAAAGAACUACCAGAUUUAGUGGAACUUUAUUUUGAUCCCCCUGCUUAGUA